UCAUAACAACUCAAGACAAAAUGUAGACAAGACUAGCAAUCAUUUCCUUCCUGAUUUUCAAAACAGGGUACUUGAAACUUCCUCCAGGAGUGUGUGGGGGGAGAACUUCAUUUAAUCCUCACUUCAAGACAUUGUUAUACAAUAGCCUACAUACAUGCGUGGUCUUUGUUUUUUUUUCCUCUCCAUCCUGACCCAAGUGUCCUCAAAAACCCUCAGUGAUGUUAUUGGUGUCAUUGGGCACAAUGUCACCUUGCCCUGUAGGUAUGACACCCAAACUCAUGGCGUGCUGAGUUUCUGUUGGGGACAAGGGAAGGUGCCCAGGUUCAAAUGCUCCAGACCCAUCCUCUCCUCCCAGCAUGGGGCUGUACAGUUCAGGCAGUCCUCCAGGUACCAGCUGCUGGGCAGGGUGACAGAUGGAGAUAUGUCCCUGACCAUCUUGAACGCUCAGUGGAGUGACGCUGGUGUGUAUGGCUGCAGGGUCGAGAUCCCCGGGUGGUUCAAUGACUAUAAAGUCAACACGCACUUGGCCAUGGAAGAAGCUCCUGUAGAACAUCCUGUUACACAGGACUCUGCACUUGCUACUGGUGGGAGACAUGGUGAGCAAUCAGAAAUAUGGACAACAUCUGCACCUAAAAAAGAAAAAUUCAAAGCCUUUCUGAGAGUGGGGAACAUUGGCAGGAUGGGAGCUAUUUUCUUCUCUUCCAUAAUCAUAAUCCUCGUCUUUACUUUCCGGAGAAGGUUUCAACCGGGGGGGACACCUCAACGUCUCAACCACUCAGCCGCUGAGAACAUUUAUGAAAGACUCCCAGUGCCUGAGUGAUGGUCAGGAUUAUGCAAACAAAGCCGUUUACAGAUUUCUAUGAGUAACGUCUGGUUGAAGAAGUGUCUGCUUGCUAUGUGCUGACGCUUUCCAUCUCCUCAGCUUUAGAGAGAAACCUUUUGAACUCUUAUCUGAGAAUAACGAUUGCCUAUUUCUCAAGUGACGCAGUUUAUAAGGUCCCAGCAAUCUCAGAUUGCAGUGAAACUGGUAAAUAUGCAUUGAUAGAUGCAAAAAUAUUCUGCAGAUGAAUUAAUUUGCUUGUAUUUUCUGUCUUUCUGUAUUUCAUGGCAAAUAUGAUCUCACAGCCCUGAAAAGCUUGUGGAUGGUUUAUACUUGUGGACACAAUGCCACCUGCUGGACCUAACAUAUUGGUAUCAAAAUAUUAGAGGGGAGGUUUCUUUGCAGAGUACUCUUUAUUGUGAAAAACACAGUUUGAUGGGGAAAGAUGGGAUAGAGAGGGAGAGUAAUGAGAGUAUGAGAGAAAUGUGUACACCUACUCCAUAUCUUUUAAAGAAAGAUGCAUAUAACAUUUGAACUGUAUAUUGAAAAACAAUGCACAAUAAAGAGGAAGUUAAAAAAAACACA